AUGUGGAACGCAACUGGUCAAGUUUUCUGUGCCCUGGCUACCCUGACAGGCUUUCUGAUGAUAUGCUUGGGAGCCUACUCUAUUUCCUCAGGUUCUAUAUUCAACUGUUGGGAAAACCUGGUUCUAAUCUAUUUAUUUCUGCCUCUGGGAUUUGUGAUUCUUCUGAGUGGAAUUUUCUGGAGCACCUAUCGCCAGGUGAAUGAGAGUAAAGGGAUGUUCAUCCAGGACCUCAGACAACACUUUCCUCAGAGGGCAGCCCUGCCUUUGGCCACAGUGGACAGGCCAGACUUUUAUCCUCCUGCUUAUGAAGAGAACCUUGGUGCUGAAAAGCAGCCUUGCCAGGCAUGGGGAGCAGCCACCGGAGUGCCACCACCUUUCUACACUGAAGUGGAUCUUAAACAUCCUGAAAUCGCCCGUGUGGGCCCCAACAGCCCACCAUCCUAUGAAGAGUCUGUAGCAGACAGGAUGGAUGCCAUCAGGUCCAGCCAGCAAUGA